CUGGGCAUUUGCACGAGCUCGGUGACUUCCGCAAUUACGGCGCACCGGUGUGAAUGGUGUCUAUCGGUCUGAAUAAAUCGUUUCUUUUAACUCUUAUUAUUUAGACAUGGAAAGCCACGAGUGCAGCACAGUUAAAGCAAUUAUGUUUGAUUUGGACAACACACUGAUUGACACUGCAGGAGUUGGAGUGCUUGCAUUGGAAAAGGUGACUGAACUUCUCCAGUCAAGACUUGGUGCUGAAAACAAUGCUGCAGAUAUUUGUAGAAAAUUCUCUGUCAAACUCCUAAAGGAAGAAUUUGACCCCUCCAAGACGACUAUAGAUGAUUUAAGAAUAUCACAUUGGGAAGAAGCCAUACAAGAAGUUAAAGGUACUGGAGCCAGUAGGUCAUUGGCUGAGGAAUGCUAUCUUAUGUGGAAAUUCACACGUUUACAGCACCUAGCCAUUGCAGAACCUGCGAGGAACAUGUUAGUUGAACUUCGAAAAGUAUAUAAAUUACUACUGCUUACUAAUGGAGAUACACAGACACAGAGAGAGAAGGUAAAUGCUGUUGGAGCCGAGGCGUGGUUUGAUGCUGUGGUGAUAGGAGGAGAUUAUAAAGAACAAAAGCCUGCCGCUUCAAUAUUCCUCACAUGUUGUGAAAUCUUGGAUGUAAAACCUAGUUGUUGUGUAAUGGUUGGGGACUCCUUCGAUACAGAUAUUCAAGGGGGAAUCAAUGCAGGCUUUAAAGCAACCAUCUGGCUGUGCACAUCUGACAAGAAAUUCAAGGAAGAACUCAUCAGUCCUCCAUAUUUAAUAAACUCUGUACUUGAUGUCCCUAAGAUUCUGAACAUUAUAAACAAGAAACAGUCAAACUGAAAACGUGUGUGUGUUUAAGUAUAAAGCAGGGUGUGGUAAAUAGAAAAAUUAAGCUUAAAUUGAUCCAAUGGAGUGUAAUUGCAGACCAUAGUAUCUAUGAGGUCAGUCAAGCAACAUCCCAACAUCACGAAACGCCUAUCACAUUAUACCGUGGUUAAGUUUACGGUUGUGGGAGGGUUGUCCGACACAAAGGUUGUUUCAUGACUGACGUUGUGGCCAUUAACCUGACCCAAGUCAUAGGUAUUGCAGGCUGCAGUUAGACCCAUCUCAACUGAUCACCAUUACAUGGAAUUUUUGUAAUCUUUUAAAUGAAGGAAAAUUGAAUAAUGGAAAAAAAAAUUUGUUGUUGUAAU